AGGUGCUCCCCAUAAUUUAUCACAGAUCUCUGUACCUAUGCACACUCAGAGACCUGGACCAGCACACGCUCAUAGUUCUGCAGUGCAUGUAAAUAUGGAACAGUACUAUGGAACACCUUCUGCACCCAGGGAUAUAUUCAACUACUUUAAGUUAUGAUCAUAAGAGGAUUGAACCGAUACAUAACAAGCAAGGAUGGUAUUACAAUGACCUAUCACUGUGAUAAAUGUAGUGAGGUUUUCGACCAAGCUAAAGGCUUGUCCACUCAUAGGAAGAAAAUGCAUGGGCUUGUUGACUUUAUCUGUAAUAUAUGUGAGGCAACAUCUAAAACACAUCACUAUUUUGCGGAACAUAUGUAUUUUGUGCAUUACUAUGAUGGCAAAGGGUAUCAUAAAUGUGAUGUGUGUGGAACAUCAUUGCGUCAUAAGUCAGCAUUAGCAAAGCAUAUGUUGAUACAUAAGCAAGAGAAACCUCAUAUGUGUUCUACAUGUGGCAGGGCUUUUACACAGUCCAGUACACUGAAGACACAUGAAGAGAUUCAUAUGACUGAUGCAGAAAAAACACUUGUAUGUGCAAUAUGUAAUAAAAAAUUUGGACGUCGGACUACUUUUAAAUUACAUGUUAAAGGACAUAGUAAAUCUCAUCAGUGUGCUUAUUGUGGCCUAAGAUUCUCACGUCAAGGACACAUGAAGCGUCAUAUUCAGACACAGCAUUCUAGCGAGGAAAUUGCAGCUGCCGCCAGAGAAAAGGCGAGAAUACACUCACAAAAUCGUAAAACAAAGCGCCAUAAAAAGACAGCAAUUUGUGAAUCACAAGCCUCAAAUAUCUUAAAGGAUGUGAAACAUUUAGAGUCUCAAGAGCAAAGCUAUGUUAGUAAUGAACAAGUGCAACAGCAUUUUAUGCCAGGAGUAAAACCAAAUGAAUCAGCACAACAAACUUGUGUACCUGAACCAGAUGAACAAUCCAGACAAGAUGUCUAUGUAUCCAAUACACCACAUUUGGAUAGUUUAACCCCAGUGUACCAUAAUAAUGCUCUUCCACAGGGGUUAGACCUUAGUGUUACUAGGGAACAAUAUGUUCAAGGGCAACUCCGACCUUUAGCUUACACCAACAUGGAGCAAAUCAGCUGGCCUGUGUUCCCCCAAAAUGAUUGAAAAGAGGAGAUUGUUGUA